AUGGCAGUGCUAAUCAAAUCUACCAGCAAAGAAACUGAAAAAUGUUGGCCCCAGGUUCUGGCUAUAAUAAUAGGUGCUUUAGCAGGCUUAACCAAUGGACUCCUCUUUUCAUGGGCAUCGCCAUUUUUAAUGAAAAUUGUUAACGAUGAUGAACACUAUGACAUAACUGAAGAAGAAGCCUCUUACUUCAAUAUUAUUCAACCUUUGUCUUUGAUGGUUGCAAGUCCAAUUUUUGCAAAACUCUCUGAUGUGAUUGGAAGAAAAAAAACAUUGCUAUUAAUUGUUAUCCCUCAGAUAGCCAGCUGGUUAUUGGCAGGCUUUGCUAAAUCUGUUUACGUAUUCUACGCUGCUAGAAUUUGUAGUGGCAUAGCAGAUGGAUGCCUAUUUGCAACUUUACCCACUUAUAUUGGGGAAAUAGCGAAUCCAUCAGUGCGAGGGACAUGGGGAAAUGCCAUCCCAACAUCACUAUAUCUUGGAGAAUUUCUCAUUACCGUAAUUGGAAGCUAUUUUGGAGUAACCCCAACAACAUUCAUUUGUUUACCUUUAACAGUUUUAUAUUUCAUCAUGUUUAUGAUGAUGCCGGAAUCGCCGUAUUUCUGCAUCAUGAAAGGUGAAGAAGAGAAUGCAAAAAGUUCCCUACGAUUUCUCAAGCGACUUAGAAAUGUUGAUGAAAUUUAUAUAAGACUAAAAGGAGAUGUUGAAAGACAACUUUCAGAAUCUGGAACUUGGAGAGACCUCAUUAAAAUAGAAAGCAACAGAAAAGCUUUAAUUGCAGGAUUGUUCCUAAGGUUAAGUCAACAGUUGUCCGGUUCAAGUAUUUUCUUAACAUAUACUCAAUUUAUUUUUCAUAAAUCUGGAGCAGAAAUCAGUCACGAAUUAGGAUCUAUGAUUUAUAUGGCCCUUUGUGUUGUCCUUAAUGUAUCAGCUACGAUAUUCAUUGUACCAAAAUUUGGUAGAAAAAUUUGUUAUAUGUCAUCCACUGCUUUAUGUAGUCUAGUUUUUCUUAUGAUGGGGAUCUACAUGUUCAUGGACGAUAAACUAGAAGUGGACGUACGUACUUUUAGUUAUAUUCCAGUAGCUGGUAUGAUAAUGUUUCAAGUUUUUGGUUGUUUUGGUAUAGGAGUAAUACCAACUUUGAUGCUUAGUGAAUUGUAUUCCGCCAGUAUCAAAUCAAAAGCGAUGGCCAUCCUAGUUAUUGCAUUUGGAGUAGGAAAUUUCGUCACAAGUAUUAUUUUCUAUUAUUUGAACACUAUUUUUGGAUUCUAUUCGCCCUUCUUAUUUUUCGCAUUAUGCGCAGCCGUUUCUGCCGUAUUAUCUCAUUAUAUAAUCCCAGAAACAAGAGGUAAAUCCCUAGAGGAAAUUCAACAGAUGUUAAAAAAUAACAACAAAGAAUAG